UCCGUGUUUUUCGAUGACCUCCAUCUGAGACGGUCCUUAACAGAUGUCAACCGUGUGGAUCAUCAACUUGUAGACAUUGCAUGCCAACUACGAUGGUGUUAAACAUGCACGAGAGAAUGGAGUGGUGUCGCAAAUUACCUGAGCCGCCAAAUCACAACUCUGCCGACAUCAUAUGGUCUUGGUGUACUCUAGCUCAGCCUUUCGCAUCCGAAAGCUCCUAUGCAGCCCUGCGCCUGAUCACAUUGUCCGUCGCAGUACUUUUUAAUGCGUCUACGAUUCAGCUAAUAUGUCGUUCGAAUAUUCCAGAGCAGCCGUCAUGAUUCCUUAAUAGUGACGAUUACUGCGGCCAACGAUGCGCCUCUUAAAGCUCAACGGCAACGGCGGGUUCAUCCUGGAGACCUUUGGAACCACGACCCCUCCUUAUGCCAUACUUUCUCAUACAUGGGGAAGCGAUAGCGAUGAAGUCACAUUCAAGGACGUCGUGGACGGUACUGGAAAGAAUAAGGCUGGAUACCAGAAGCUGGUAUUCUGCGGAGACCAAGCCAAGUCCGACAGUCUAUCCUAUUUCUGGGUGGACACAUGCUGCAUCGAUAAGUCGGAUACCCACGAACUUACGAAGGCAAUCAACUCUAUGUUUCGCUGGUACCAGAACGCGGCGCGAUGCUACGUCUAUCUCUUAGACGUUUCUAUACGCACGCAGGAUGGGCAGGCUACUCAUAUCGAGUGGGAGUCUUCUAUGCGCAAUAGCCGAUGGUUCACACGAGGAUGGACACUCCAAGAGCUUCUCGCGCCGAAAAUAGUUGAAUUCUACUCCCGAGAUCACGUCCGACUGGGUGAUAGAAAGUCACUCGAACGGCAUAUCUGCGAGAAAACAGGAAUCGCUCUAGAGGCACUCCAGGGCCGUCCUCUCCAUGGUUUCAGCAUCGAGGAGAAGUUUCGAUGGGUAAAGAGGCGACAAACGACCGAGGAGGAGGACAUGGCAUACUGUCUCCUUGGAAUUUUCGACGUUUUCUUGCCACUUAUAUAUGGCGAAGGGCAAGAGAAUGCAAUGAGAAGGCUGCGACGAGAGAUUAAGAACUCUGAGCAUAAAUUGCGGUCAUACGAAAAGCUAGCACGUACUAUGCCCUUCGAGCGCAAUCUUCGCUUCACCGGUCGCGAAUCCGAACUAUCUAGAAUUGAAAAGCUACUUUCUCGACAUGGCCAAACCGCGAAGGUCGCAAUUACCGGACUUGGAGGCGUCGGGAAGACACAAUUAGCGAUUGAGACGGUCUAUCGGACCAUGGAGAAACAGAGGGACUGCUCAGUAUUUUGGAUUCCCGCGACCGAUCCCGAAACCCUUCUUCAGGCGUACUCGGCAGUCGCCGAAGAGUUGGAUAUACCCGGAAGAGACGAGCAAGGAGCAGACGUGAAACGUCUAGUUCAGAACUACCUUAGUAACGAAAGCGCGGGCCAGUGGCUCGUGGUGUUUGACAACGCCGACGACAUGGAUAUGUGGAUAGGAAAACCACCUGAGAGACAACCUAUCCGUCUCCUUGACUAUCUCCCAAAGAGCAGGCAAGGAAGCAUUCUCUUUACUACGCGAGAUAGGAAGGUUGCUACUAAGCUGGCGUCUCAGAGCUUGGUAGAAGUGCAGGAAAUGAACUUAGAAGUGGCUUCGGAGUUAUUACAGACAUGCUUGAUCGGACACGAUGUGGCGGCCUGCCAAACAGAUACUGAAGCCUUACUCACACAGCUGACUAACCUUCCGCUCGCCAUUGUUCAGGCGGCAGCGUAUAUCAAUGCGAACGGUACCUCGAUUGCGGACUAUCUUUCCUUACUUAAUGAGCAGGAUAAGUCUACGAUUGAACUUCUCAGCGAAGACUUUGAGGAUGACGGCAGAUACCGCAACAUUAAGAACCCAGUAGCUACUACAUGGCUGAUAUCGUUCGAGCGAAUUCAGCAGCACGAUUCUUUGGCAGCAGACUACUUAUCUUUAAUGGCAUGUAUUGAGCCAAAAGAUAUCCCGCAGAGUCUUUUUCCGCCUGGCCCAUCUCGCAAGAAGGAGAUAGACGCUAUCGGGACACUUCACGCGUAUUCAUUUAUUAGUAAACGUCCAGCAGGUCUUACGGUCGAUCUUCAUCGGUUAGUGCAUAUAUCUACUCGUAACUGGCUUCAAGAGAACGAUCAACUGGUCCAGUGGACAGAGAAAGCAGUUGUGCGACUAGAGGAAGUUUUUCCCGACAAUACCCACACCAACAGGAGCAUAUGGAGGGCAUACCUGCCGCAUGUGCGCAUUGUACUACAGUCUGACCUCGUUCAGAAGGAUUCAAAGAAGAGGAUUAAUCUCCAAUGGAGAUAUGGAACGUGCCUCGACGCCGACGGACGAUGGAGUGAGGCAGAGGUCGCCUAUUCCCAGGUCCUCGAGAUGGAAGAGAAGGAGUUUGGCGCAGAACAUCCUUCCACGCUGACCAGCAUGGCCAAUCUGGCGUCGACUUUUUGGAAUCAAGGCCGGUGGGAUGCCGCGGAAGAGUUGGAGGUGCAAACGAGCAAGAAGAAGCUGGGAGCGGACCAUCCAGACACGCUGACCAGCAUGGCCAAUCUUGCCUUCACGUGGAGAGCGCAGGGUCGAGAUGCAGGCGCUAUAGAUCUAAUGACGGAGUGUGCACGGCUUCGAGAACUGGUUCUAGGGACUAGCCAUCCGUUGUUCACUUCUUCUUCGAAGGCGUUGGCAGGUUGGGAAACAAAACAACGAAGCGCUCGCAAAAUGGAAGAAAGUAGAGCGUAG